AUGCGAUGCGCGAGCAAGGCCGCCGAGAGCGCGUCUGCGCGUCUCUGUGCGGACGCCGAAGCAGAAACUACAGCAACUGAUGUCCCAUCGGUUGCUGAAUCGACUCAGCCUGUAUCACCUGGUGAUGCAGGCGCUGGUCAUGAAGACACUCGUGUCUUCACAGAGUACGAGCUCGGUGUCUCGUACUCUCCUGAUACGGAUGACGGAUCCGUAUCGACGGCAAUUGAAUCCAAGCCGCCUGCCAAGCGUGGCAUGGACGAUGCUUUGCGUCGCAGCAUCUUUGGUUCAUCUGAUGAGUCAGAUGAACCAUCGCCGAAGCGAAGGCGCUCGAGGUCGCGAGACUCGGGCGCUAAUAGUGGUGUCGUUUCUCCAAUGAUACACAUCUGCUGUUGA